AUGGCUAAUUCAUGUUUCGCUAUGUCAAGCUGCAGACCGGCGCUGUUGGGGAGCCCGUUGAGUGAACGAUUGGAUGAAUCGUCGAACUUGAGAACACAUCAUGAGAGCAGUUGUCUAAUCCGUCGGCCAGCGCGGCUAGCGCAUAGACGACCGAUUGUUCGCGCCGUCAGCGCAGCGGAUAAUGGCGCUGCCGCAGCUGAUGAAAUGCGCCUUGCGAGGGGAUCAGCGCGACUGGAAGGAGCACCUCGCGGGGCGAAGCAGGUGUUGCUGGUGGAUCCGGUCGAGGCGAAGCGGCUAGCGCAAGAGGACCUCAAGAAACGUGCCAAGGUCGCAUCACAACAGAAAUGGCGGGAGAUUGAGGCUAUCAAUGGUGCAUGGGCUGUCAUUGGCAUCUUUGCUGCCUUGGUGGGAGAGGGCUUCACUCAGACUGGCAUUCUUGGGCAGUGUGCAAUCUACCUGGAGCUUGUUGCUGGCGCAAUCGAGUCUCUUGCGAAAUUUGUGGGAGAUCUUUGA